AUGCUCUACACAUCAGAAGUCUAUAAUGAAGACUCGCCAUAUUGGAUCGAUCUUCCCUGGGAGAAGCAACUGCCUGAAUCGGAGAAAGAGGGCCUGUUGAUGAUGCCGUACAACUACGAUUGCAACGACGGAAAGUUUCACAUGCUCCCUGGUUUCGUAAGCUCAGCAGGUGCAGUGUACGAGCAGUAUCUCAAGGAUACGUUUGACUGCUUAUACAGAGAAGGUGGUAAGAUGAUGACCAUCCCUUUGCAUUCUAGAAUAGCUGGUAAGCCAGGAAGGUCGGAGAGUCUGAGAAACUUCAUGAACUAUAUUUCAAGGAAGGAACAUGUGUGGGUUGCGACACGCAGGGACAUUGCGAAACACUAUCGCGAGACUUUUCCCUAUAAGUCUGGGUCGAAGACUGGUUGUUCAUAG